CUGGUUUCUGUCACCUCUCUGUACUGACGAUGGGACAGGUUAAGAUGAAACUCACCUGGUUUGUGCUUGGCCACCUUCUGAUGUGGUUGGUCCAUGCACAACAGACCGAGAACACAGUAACUAAAACAACAGUCACGAAAGACGGUGAGGUGAAACUGGAAGUUACCUGCAUCGGAGACAAACGAGACUUCUGUAAAGGCAAACCACAAGGAUUUGAAUUCUCCGAUGGAUGUCGACCGUGCCAGUGCCAACCGAGUGACGCCUUUUGUACCUCUCAGGACUGCGAAACUUUGGUGGAUCCGAAAACUGAUCCAGAAGAGUACUGUUCGAAUAUUAUGAAGCAGAAUUCAGAAGCCCUGCGCCGAAUGAAUGAAGGUAAAGCAACCGAAACGACGGAACAAAAAUCCGAGGGCCCAGAAAAUAUGAAGACGUUGAAGAACAAUGAGCCACAAGCGACGGAAAAGGCCAACCAUGUUCCACACUCUAAAACGGAGGAUAAACAGGGGGAAACCGCAAUUAAACCAAAAGAAGCUGAUGCGUCUAACAAGGAUACGAAUGUUUCUUCUGUUAGCGGAAUGGGUUCGAUUGAAACGGGACCGGUGCCCCAACCAGAUAUGUUAAAUAUACCGCUUCACCCGAUGAACCCGAUGGAGUUUGACAUGAACUACCUACCACCACCUCCAAUGGAACCACCUGGAAUCGGUCCAGGCCUUCCGGGUCCCUUACCAGAUGGCAUCCACAAUCCACCUCCUCCAAUGCCUGGUCCUGAUCGAGAGUUUCCCGGAUUUAUGAACGAACAUGAAGGCAGGCGAAAGAAUGGCACGAAGAAACUGAGAGCAAGAUUAAACUUUGACGAGGGAAAAGGGAAAAGUUUUGGAAAACAUCCAUUCGCGCACAAGUCGAGGGAGACGGGUAGAAAAAGUAAGCCAACAGGUGACGAUAACCUGCUUCAGAAACUAAAGACAAUGUUUUCCAAUUCGCUCUUGGGCAAAGGUUCAAAGUCUUUGGAGAAGAAGACCACAGUGAAACCUAGAAAGUUUAGCGGAGACGCAAUGCAUCAUCACAGACAUUUCUUCCCACAUCCAGUGCCACCAAGAGAAGCGCUGGGUGGACCUUUCCCACAUGAAAACGGUCAACCACAACCUAAUUGGCCUCACGGCCCGUUUGAAAACUACGGUCCUCCUGAAUGGCCACCAUUUGAAGGUGAUCCAUUCGUUCUGAAUGAAAUGAUGGGACCUGGAGCAUACGAAGGACCCGAUUUCGCUGUAGAAGAGGGUGGUUAUAUCGACGAGUUUGGUGCGCAGGGCCACUACUUUGACGGACCUGAGUUGUCGCCAACGGAUCCGGCUUUCUUUGACGGCUUCGAUCCAAUGCUACCCGAGUUCGCUCCGGACUACAUUGAGGACCCGUUUGAUGUACCGGAACACCAUCACCAUCCUCACUCGGUUCACGUGUCUGGAGUGAAAAGCAAAAUAAAAAAACCUGCAAAUUCAAGGUUACCCUCACAUCAGUCGACACUGAAAGAAAGCGGUUCGUAUCUGUUGGCUGCCAGGGUGUUGAGCCGACUACCAAACUCUAAAAAGCGCAGUACAAGGAGAACGAUUGCACGCAGUUCCGAUACGUCAUAUCCCAAAUCAAUCAGCUACUUACGUCGCCAAAUUCAUCGGUUGCGUCGCCAGGUGAAAUAUCUGAAGAAAAAACUAAUCCAUUGUCAUGCUGUUCGCCGAAAUUAUCGUAACGUGAUGCAAGCGCAACUGACGCAGCCACAUAAUGCCGCGCCGAUGAGCAAAACUGCGAUGCUGACUCCUCUAGUCAUCGGAGGUUGUAUUUGGAAUAAUCUCAAGUAAAUGUUACGUUUCCCUUAAAUAAAUAAUCCCAAAAUUUUGUGACUGUUGAAC